CCAUGGGAUCAACGACCGCGAACGAGAGCUGCUGAAGCUGGUUGCUGACUAUGGCCGCAGGCGUGGCGUCCGCUCGCGCCAUGUCGUGCAUUAUUUGGGCGGGCAGAAUGCUAGAAGCGGUCGUGCGCGGCGGUAUGGUCGCACUAUUCUGGAGUAUGCGCCCCAUAGGGACUUGGCCACGUUUAUGGAUUGGUAUAUGCUUCCUACGCGGACGUGAGUAUGGCCUUUUUCACUGUUGUUUGGUUUUAUUUCUUACUAUCACUGCCUUACUUACCUUUACUCUCUAUAUCCCCCCCUAUUUCACUUUCGUCCUCUCUCCUCUCGCUUUCUCUUUCACUCUAUAUCUUCUUUCUUUUGAACGUAGCAGUAACAAUACUGACCGCCGCCCAGCAACCCAUACCCCAUCGUCCCGGAGCCAUUCUGCUGGCACCUCUUGCGCUCACUCGCCGAAGCCGCGCUCCUGCUCGAGUCCGGGCAGACAGACCCAGCACAGCUAGACGACCCAGAAUGGUCCUCCUUAUUCCACUACGACGUCAAGCCGCUGAACAUCCUGCUCGGCGCGCCCAACAGAGACCCUGGCUCGCAGUACUGGCAGCAGAACUACCCCACGCCCAUCCUGGCCGACUUUGGCGGCGUCGAGUCCUAUCCAAACCCCCAGGACCCGGACCAGAUCCCCGAAGCGUUCCUCGGGAGGCAGACCGAUGGGUACCGGCCUUUUGAAAACCUCCCCCUCUGGCGCCAACGCAACCUCAACAGCUUCCGCGAACGGAGCCCCAAGCGCGGCCCGCCCAACCCCGCCC